UUGCUACGCCGCUGGUAGUUCUUGGUGGACUGUGUUAUAACUAGGAAAACAUUGACCUCACGUUAUUUUUGACAGUGUUAUUGGUAUUAUAAUGUUAGAUAUACGUGUACGUUGAAAGUGCAAGCAAUAACAUAACGGGAUUAACGAGCUAAGGUGAUUUGUUCAGCGGAGAAGAAAAAGUGAAAUGUUUGGUAAGAAGAAAAAGGUGUCCAAGAUGGACGCCGAUAAAGGUGAUACAGACAAAGGCAAGAACGAUGCUGAAGCUGGUUCCUCGGGCGCUACUAACACUCGGGAUCAACUGGGAAAACUGCUGAGGGAUCACCGAGGAUAUCUAUAUGAUUUAGACGACGAGGAUCUUUUAGCCAGCGAUCCAAGGGACCUUCAGGACACCAAGAUGGAUUCAGAUGAAUCUUUUUACAGGAAGAGACGAAACCUUGAGUUCUCCAUGAUGAUGAUGGGUCGAUACUAUGAUCCCUUCCAGGGGCAUAGAAUGUGGGGCAAGCACUAUAGACAUGGUGAAGAGUUAGAUGAGCAUACUUUACAGCAGCUGAGAUGGGCACCACCAGUCAUGGUGGAACCUGAGGCAUUUGAGGACGAGAAACUGCUGGGUAUUGAGGACCACGGGGAUGUGGUCACUGAUGCUGCACUUUACAUCCUCAAGGAGAAGAAAGAUGGUGAAGUGAAGAUCCAUUCGAUGCUACAAAUGCCAUCUAACAUUACGGAAUUGUUGGAAGGUACAAACAAGGACUACUACGAGACUAACACAUUUAACAUACUUAUGGCAGAUGUUUCAUGCUCAAUGUACUGCUAUUGGAAACCUUUAGUAAAUAGCUGGAACGAGCAUAUAGCCCCUUGUUUGGUCGGACGCACAAAUCUGUAUACAUUUGGUAGCAAGGUUACAUUCAAGAGGUCGGGGACGAUAUUAGAAUUUAGGGACAUGGAUGGCAGUAGCACCGACUUAACUGGCUCGCUACAGACUAUUGUAGACGAGGUUUACAAGUGCAAGGAGAGGUAUGUCAAUGUUUUUCUUGUGACAGAUGGGCAUCAUAACUCCACUGAGGUUAAACCAACCAAAGUUAUUUACCAAAUGAAUGCUGCAAAGGGUAAAACAUGUGAUGUGUUUGUGUUAGGUGCAGGCACUGACUUUCCUGUGCAAUACAGCAUCAACAUUAGAUCACGCUUGCAUAAUGGCAGAGCAAAUCUUCCCUCUCUUUUCUGGGCCAAAAGUGAAGACGAUGUGCCAGAACAGAUCAAACAGAUUGCCAGUAUAAUAUCUGAGAGGUCUUCAAGGUGCAUAGAGCUAUCACUACCUGGGUAUUAUCUGCCAGAUGGGGUACAAAAGAACUUCUUCCACCUGAGAGAAUGGGUAUAUUUUCCCUCUGGGCCAGAAGCACUACAACGACUAACACUCAAAUUUGGCAGACAUAUUUGUCACAUCUCACUGGAACCUCGGGAGAUGCGCCUGUCGAUUCUGAACGAUGUGUUUCGUCAGUGGAACUCUGUUAUCAUCCAGAAUCAAAACAAGAAAGAGAGAGUUCCUCUAGGUGUGCUACCCUUCAUGGAAUGUCUCUUUAACACACAAAUAGAUGCAAUGAAAGAUUUAAAAUCAGGAACAGUCAAGGAGCGUCUUUCGCGCAAGGAGUUCAAAAUGUAUGAAACAGACUUCAGAACACUGUUCAAUAAGAUUAGGGAUAUACUAACAACUUUUAAAUACAAAAAUGAAUUAGAGCUGGCAGAAAAUAUUCUGAGCACAACAGUUGGAGGUGGAAAAUAUGAGGUGAAAGCUUUGCAGUUGAAAGGUCACACAGACGAGGAUUUUGCAAAGGAUUAUGAAGAUUUUUUGAAGAUUUACGAGGAACACAAGCCCAGAAUUCUGACGAUUAACAAUACUACUGAAGAUUGUUGCAGAUUUACUCACUCAUCCACUGUGUCUGACCUCCAGGACCCAGACUUUUCCACUAUGAUGAGUCGUAGCAAGUAUGAAUUCCUUAAGGAUUUCACUAUUUCUGGCAUACCAGUGUAUGCUCCAAGUAAGGACACUGUAAUUAUUAAUCCCUGGUCAUUUAGUGUUCGGUCACUGCUGGAUGAGCCAUACACGGUCAUGAGCCAGGUGGCACUUGAAUCCAUAGCUGACCAGAAUCCUCCAGAUACGAGCCAGGAAAUGCAAGUGAAGCAAGAUGACAUUUUGACUCGAUGUAACGCCAUUAUCCCUGUCUUCUCUCCCACUGCCGCUAAAAUUAUGCAACCAGUAGUUAAUACUAGGCUUUAUUCAGUGUGCGCGACUUAUGCCAUAUUGAAAAACCCACACAUUAUAGAUUUUAACAUACACAUGGCAGCUUUGGGUGUAACAUGGGUAAGGAUACUUUACGAGUACCCAACCAUACCCAGACCUGAAUUUGUGCGUCGCCGCAUUGAGAGUAUCGAAGCGACGGCAGCCUUGUACCUCGGUCGAUCAAGCUACACAAAAUACUGGCAAUUGCUCAAGAGUGAUGCUGCUCAGGCACUUAUGACUGAGAGCACAAUAAAGGUGGAUAAUAAAACACUUAAAUGUGAGACGCUUAUUAAGCCUAUGUUUGUGCUUCAUAUGUAUCAGAGAAGUGAGAACCAUGAAGAUGCUGGUGUUGUGGCCAACAUAAUGAGAAUGAUCCUCUUGGAGUACAUCGGUCGCUGCCUCUCUCAUUAUAAGAAGAAUGAUAGUCAGGCUACUCCAUUCACAGACUUCUUUGCCUACACACUUGCUGAUCAAAACCUCAAGAGAGAAUGGGUCCAGAAUUACAUUGCUGAAGCCAAAGAAAAAAUAACGGGAUGUGAAUCCUACCUUUUAGAGAAUUUUUACACACUAGAACUGGCUCGGAAAGCGGCCAAAAAAUCUGCAAUAGAAGAGAUAAAAAAUCUGAAAAAAGAGUUGACAGCACUGAUUCCCAUAGUGGUGGAAAUGAAGGAGGUGGAGAGGCUGCGCAACCCAUCUUUAGCUGGAGAUUUAUCGUGGUUCACCCUGAAGACCUUCGCCAGAGAGGUUGGAUUAAAACAAGAGGUUAUUGAUGAUUUGUUUAGUGAACGAAGUGUGUUUGUGUACACUGCUCAUGCACUGCGGAAUAGGUCUUCUAGAGAGCGACUGUCUACCCCAAUGGGAGACUAUGAUGAAAAUUAUGCUCUAGUAACAAAGAGUGUGCAAGAGGAGAAUUAUCGGAUUAUCGCCAAGGAACUUAUUGGUAAAAUAAUAAAUCAGCUGGAAGAUGUCUGGUUAAUAGCACAUGGUGAUGCCCACGGAGAAGUGGUACAGCCGAUGACGAGGCAGUUGAUCCUGGCAGAGGCUCAGAAACGAGCAGUUGAUGUCACAGAUGACACCUUCGAUAAGGUCUACAAGAAAUACCGUCCUGAUGUUGGUCUGUUGAGUAACGCCUGUCAGUGUCGAGCUUGUCCAUACUUCCUGAUACCCAACAAGCGUUAUAACCAACACUCGUCCGUAGAACGUCGUCAGACUUCGAUGUUCCCCCAUGGCUUACACCGUGCUGCAUACAACCACAGAGAAAGUGACCUACCCACUCUUAUCUCGUCUCUCGAGUCCGGAUCUUUCAAAACACCUGUACCACGUCAAGCUGUUGAACCUUUCACAGAGGACUUAGAGAACUUGCAAAGAUUGUAUCAUGAGGAGAAUUCAACAGGACCUUAGACAUUCUUUGCUUAUUGUUUGUGAAUAACUAUAUUUAACAGAGUGCUGAACUAAAAGGGAUAUUGGCACCGUAUUUUUUUUUCGUCUGAUUUUAUCCAUAUUUUCUCUUACAUUCUUACUAUGUUACAUUAUAAUAUAUAUAUACGCGCCCAAUGUUUCCACCCUCGCCGGGAAUCGAACCCAGACACUGAAUAAAAUAAAAAGAGAAAAGAUGGGGUGGGAAAGAGGUCAAGAAGACCCAGAUGAUGUAAUAUAUUAGUGUAGGUAAAACAAAUGAAGGAGUAUCUGCAGAGAGAACAGGUCAUUAAUAUGAUCCUAUGUGACUUGUCAAGAUAUCUUAUUAAUGAAAAUAAGAUACCAGAUAUACUAAGCAAAUUUCCUAAAUUUGCUUGUAACAGAUAAGUGAACUAUAGAUGUAAAUCCAAAUGUACACCUGUUAAGAUUUUUGAGGCCUAGUUUCUAGGCCUAGUUCCUAGGCCUUUUGUGUAUCCAUAUGCUCUUGCGCUACCGUCCAUAGGAUGGAUAUGGGGUGCACAAUAAACUAGCCACUUCGGUGGCAAAAUCUAA